UGUAUCUCUUGAACCAUGAUAGUUAGACAGUUGAAAUUUUCACAGAUGAUGUAUUGCUGUUGCCGCUAUAACAACAAGUUCUUAAAAGUACGGAACCCUCGGUGGGCGAGUCCGACUCGCACUUGGUCGGUUUUAUUGUUUUGUAUAUUUUUUUCUAUUAUUAUUUAUGUUCUUAUGUACCUGUAUUUACAUUUAUGUGGCAAUAAAAAAAAUCUUAUUUAUUAUUUUAUCUCGCCUCGCUUCACCUACGGAACAGAACCUUAUAUAGCAGGAAAUAUAAAAACAGUAAGACCUGCGCAGAACUCAGAAGUCAGAACUACAGAGCAAAGUUAAGUUGUUAAAAGGAUUGUUCUACGUUCACAAAUGAAAUACUAAAUAAUAUAUUAACCUUUAAUAUUUGCUUAAGCGGUAUGAUUAUAAAACAAGUGUAUGAUGUUUUGAAGAAGAGAUUUGAUGAUGGUUACGUCAACACGCCUCUGGAUUUCAAAUAUGUGGCUCAACUGCAAUUCGUGCUGACGACCGUAGGCUCCUGGCCAUAUAAACAAUUUGGACGAAAUCGAUUAGCGGCCAUUUUGUCUACGUACAACGCCUUUCUAAUACUCGUUAGCACCAAUUUGUGCGUUUUGGACUUAAUCUAUAUACGUGUGAAUAGAGUAAAACUAUCGUUCUUUGAUUUGGGGCAUAAUAUAUUGUGUUUGAUUUUUACUUUCUUGUAUCUGCAAAGACUAUUGACGGCAAGGACAAGUAAAUAUCAAGAGGUAAUAAAGGAUUAUUUACUUGACUUUAACUUGUUUUACUUCAAGGGCCGGUCACCAUACGCUGCAAAGGUACAGGCGCAAACACAUAUUAUAUCAGGAAUGUUCACGAUCUACGUGAUGUGGCAGAUGGUCAUAGGAGUGUCUCUGUUCAUAUUCAUGCCGUGCUUCAACAAUUAUAACAGAGGCAUGUUCAGUGAAAACCGGCCCCAAAACAGCACGUUCGAGCACUCUGUAUACUAUUAUCUGCCUGAUGCCGUUUAUACUACUGAAGAGGGAUACUGGAUAUUAUUCAUCUUCAAUAUUCCAAUUUCCUACGUCACCACAAUUGGUCUUUGCGUUUUUGAUCUCUUACUGAUCUUGAUAGUGUUCCAAAUUUGGGGGCACCUGAGGAUUCUGAAGCAUAAUUUGCAAAACAUUCCACUGCCGGAAAACAGUAUUAUGUACUCAGUUGAAGAGAAUAAUAACAUACGAAUGUUAUUAAAGGAGAAUAUAUUACAUCACAACAUUAUUAUACAAUUCGUGGACAGAUGCUCCGACGCAUUCAGUGAAUAUUUGUUCGCGUUCUACCUGUUCAUGCAGUUUAUCACCUGCAUCUUACUGCUGGAAGUCACUACGUUCACCGCGGACUCGCUGGCGAAGUACGGCCCCCUAACCGUCGUCAUGCAUCAGCAGUUAAUACAAGUGUCCAUAUUGUUCGAGAUGUUGAACACCAAGAGUGAGCAGCUGAUCGACGCUGUAUACGCCAUCCCGUGGGAGCAUAUGGACACGAAGAACAGGAGAACUGUGUUGUUUUUCCUGCACAGGAUUCAGACCCCAGUCAGUCUGAAGGCCGCCAAGGUCGUACCUGUGGGAGUCAACACUAUGUCUGCAAUACUGAAGACCACGUUCUCGUACUACAUGAUGCUGAAGGCUUUAGCUGGGGAGCGAUAAAUCUGAUGGGACUGAGCGAAAUUCAAUAA